AUGCCAACUACUUGGAGCGGUAUGAACUCUACACCCGCUCCUCCUGCCGGUGCUGCCAACCAACCUGUCAGCCCUGCUACUUCAACUGUUGGCAAUACUGCCGGUACGCCCGCCAAUGCUACCGCGCCACCUGGUCGUACCCUUGCAAGCCUUGAGUUUGCUGUCACAACCCUCUUUCGAGAGCCCCUAGACAGCCCACUCAUGCGUGCUCUUCGUCGCGAUGGAUGCUUGCACUUCAUGCACCUCCUCUCCUACAACGAGAAUGAGCUCCUUGCAUUGAAGUACGAUGCACCCGUCAUCGACCAAUACGGGGUGGAUACUGGCCAAACUCAGCUUACCCAGCUUGAGCGGCCCCAUCGUGGUACUCUUCGGGCCUUACUUGGGUAUGCUUAUCUUUGUCAAAACGUCCAUCGCGAUCCAAUCACCCCGAUCAAUUGCAUGCACAUCGACGUCCAAGCAUUCCUAAAUUAUCAAUGUAGUGGUGAUUUUAUAGUUUUUAAUAACUCUUCUUUACCGCAACCUCUUGUAUCUAAGCCUGAUCGUCGUACACCCGCUGAUUCGUUCCAGAAGAGCUUGAAACUCGAUCCCGACGCAUACCCGACUCUCAACACUGAUGAAGAGUGGGACAGCUUCCAUCGAACCUUUCGUUCCACCGCACGCGUCCAUGACACACUGAAUGUCUUGGACCACUCCUAUGUGCCCAAAUCCGUGGACGAACGGGACCUCUUCCAGAAACAGCAGGCCUUCAUGUACACCAUCUUCCUCCACAAAUUGCAGACCAACACUGGCAAAUCUUUGGUGCGCAAGUACCAAGUCAACUUUGAUGCCUUUAUUUGGAUCACCAUAACCAUCACUGUUGACGACUACGCGAAGACCCAACGGCACAAAAGGGUAUUGGUUCCUAUUUUAUUUCGGUGGUUCUAUAUUUCGGUGUUCCAGCCCUAUUGGAAGCCGAAGGGAGUUAAGCGCUGGGCAUCCGCCGAACCCGUGCUUCCCCCACUUGUCGUCUUUUGCUUCCGGUGUUGA